AAACCAAGCCUUUUGAUUAUGAGGACAAGUUUCCAGUUAAAAAUCCCCAAACGGGUAAAUUGGAGGAAAAAAUUGAAACCAGAAAAUUUUCUCAUUUACAAUUUAUUUUUAAUUCUCAAAAAGAAGUCAAUAAUUUUUCCGCACAGGUUAAGACAGGCCAAUUUUACGAGGCGAAAACCAGUUGGUCGAGUUAUGUCAAACAAGGAAAAGUCGACCAGCCAGAAACAGAAUUCAAAGAAGUUGUUUGGGUUAAAGAGACUAAUCCUCAAAUUAAAAAAUUUUCUGCCGGAGAAAAAACAGGCGCUAUGGCUGGCCGAAAAUCUAACACGACA